AUGAAGCAGCUGAGCAGCUCCUUAUCGUCGUUCAAAGCUUCAGAGCACCAGGCUGCUGGUCACUAUGGCUGCAUGACACUGGACUCCCUAUUUAUCAAGCCCGCCACACGUCAAGAAUUGGAUUUUUACACAGAAACAUUGAGACGAGAUGCCACUAAAGAAGGCAUUCUCAGUGAAGAAGAUCUGGAAGGUAUCGCUUUGGGUUCUUUAAUAUCACAUUGGAUGUCAACGUUUUUGGGUAGCUUACAAGAGGGCGAGUUAUCGAACAAACCGAUCCUGGAACAAGACUCGCUCACAUCAACGUCAACAUCCAAAACUGGUACUCAAACUCAACACGAUAAAGAAUAUAUUGUGCUUCAGAAUCUAUAUCAUGGGUUUAAGAGCCCGAGCAUAUUGGAUAUUAAACUAGGAUCCAAAUUGACUGAUGAUUCAGUAACUUCCGUAGAAAAAAUUAAAAGAUUGCAAAAUGUUAGCGAAACUACAACUAGUGGAACCCAUUCGUUUCGAAUAUGUGGCAUGAAAGUGUACAAUGGAAAUAGUGACAACAAGCCCAACGAGCUUUUUCCGGGUAUGGAUGAAACGAUAACUACAGUUGAUGCAGGAACCAAUGACGAUUCGUCAUCACAGGGGCAUUACUUGGUUUAUGACAAGAUUUUUGGUCGGUCGUUGAAUUCAACUACGAUUCAGCGAGGCUUGGAGCUCUAUUUUCAUUCCAUCGCUUCAAACAACAAGCAACAGUUUCUUUGUCUCGUUAGUAAUUUCAUUCAUCGUUUGCAGCUUUUAUACAAUUGUUUAUUGGACUACGAAACAAGACUGUAUUCAGCUAGUCUCUUGUUUAUCUAUGAAAGUGAUCCACAGGCAUGGGAGAAUGUUUCUGUUGAUAAUUAUGACUUGCGCGACCCAUUGAUUAAAGAAUUUGAAGUAAGUGAUAAUGAUGAUGAAGAAGAGGAAGAAGAAGAAGAAGAUGAUGAUGAUGAUGAUGACAACAAAGACGGUUGGACAUCGAAUGACUCUGUUGCGAUUGAAAAGCAGGCGUUACACAAUGUAGCAACAGCUUACAAUAUAGUCAAGCAAUCGCAAUCAAACGAUGUUGAAAAAGACCCCAGAAGUGUUCCUCGUCUGGUUCCAUUGAGCAGUUUACAUUUGAUAGAUUUCGCUCAUUCCAAGUAUGUUGAUGGAGAAGGGUAUGAUGAAAAUGUGAUUGAGGGCGUCGAAAACUUGAUAAAGCUUUUCGAAGACAUCAAGCUGUCCUACACUUAG